AUGGUACGUGUUACUGCAAUACUAUCCAGAGUUCCUGUUAUUAAAUUUCGAAAAGGAGUGGGUUCAGCCAAUGCUCCUGCGGCUCACUCGUCUCCAGCAAGUCCUGGUUCUGCAGCUCAAGCACCUGUGCGAGCCCAACCUGCUGCAGCUAUGAGUAGUGCUACUAUUUCUGACAUAGACCUGCCCUUACGCUACAGACGGCGACCUAUUUCCCAGGAGGAGAUUGAUUAUAUUAAUGGAGGAGGAGUUGUU